AUGCCUAAACUUAGGGUAAGAUACAGGCAGAGCAAGCUCUUUAAGAAUAAAUCAUCUGCUACUACGUUGGUCGAGAAACGGUCUAGUCGUGGGUGUUUGACUUGUAGGGACAGACAUAAGAAAUGCGAUGAGAAAAAACCGCUUUGCAGUGGUUGUAAGGAAAACUUCCUGCGAUGCGUUUGGAGAGACAACGAAGAGGCUCAAGAAGAGCCUCAUAUGUUUCUGAACUUCCAUUUAGAUGAUUGGAAAGUUCGGGAAAGAGGUAAGAGUAUGAAAUUGACACUGGCUGUGACACAGAAACGGAAUUUUUACAGUUUAACUCUGCGGAAGAAUGUUCUUGCCAAAUUUAACGAGGAACUGGGGCAUCUGGAAGAACUGAAAAGAUUCCCUACGGCUAAACAACUAGAAGCAUCUGAACUUGAACCGGAAAGUACCGCUGAACUGGCAUGUGCUAGUUUACCUUUCUUAGACGAAUGUACCAUAUGGUUGUCGAGACAAGUGACACCUCAUUUGACAGAUUCGUUAACCAUCUCUAAUUCGUCGAUUGAAAGGGCAAUUGAGAAAGCUGAACAAGGAAAGCUAAGUGAUGAUUCAUUAAAGACUCGUUCUUUUUACAACUAUCUAUUUGACGAUUCACAUCCGAUGGCGCAAAAGUUCGAAUCUAUUUUACAAUGCUUAAAUAAAGGCGAGUUUGAUAUAAUUCCGAAACACUGUACUGACGAAUUGUUUUUGCUUUACGUUUCCGUAAAGCACUGGUUGGUCAGUUUGGGUCCACAAGAAACACACCCGUUGUUAACCACACAGGCUACAUUCACGAAAAACUUUGAAGAUAAUACUGUUCUGAAAGAAGUGUUCCUAUGCUGUGGAGCUACUUUCAUGGAGUACUAUGAUUCGGAGACGUUCUCUACUCUCUCAACAGAUUUGUAUCAGAGCUCUCUAACACUUAUCAAAAAGUUUCUGGAAGAUAAUCCUGACGAAAACGAUAAACCAUGGUUACUUGCAUCUUAUCAGUUACUAUGCCUUCGUAAUAAGACUGCUAUAAAUUCGACAGUAAAUGACUGUGUGUCAUGUCUAACAAGCUCUUAUCAAAUUAUCAAAUCACCUUACUACUUAUCCAAGAUCAAAUCCAUCUCGACUACCGGUGAAAGAUACGUGGAAGAAUUAGUGCUAGAGAUGGAGCACGAUACGUCGAUACAAAAACCAGAACUAGAGCCACAUGAUAGAAUGUUUUUGGAAAGUUUCAUAUAUAAUUAUUCUGUCGCUAUAUUAUGGGCUAUCGAUAUAUCAAAGCUUCCGAACCCCUACAGCGUGUACGAGGUGCUGGGGAAUUCUUUGAAAUGUUUCAUAUACCAAUGCGAUGUAAGAUGGAUGAACAAUCCGAUUUUUGGAGCUGCAUCGGAGGCUUUCGAGAUAUUGGCCAAAGCAUCAUAUAUUGCAAGAUUGCCAAUGCCUUUAGAUAAGGAAAGUAUCUGGUUUAAGAGAGCAAUGCAGUUGCAGAAACAAGCAUACUAUCACACGCCAAGCAUACUACCGAGUGCUGACCAGACUUCUCUAGAGGAGAAGGUUUAUCAAAACUGUAAAACAAAUUUACUUGUGGGAGAAGUUGUUGCCAAGACAUCCUUUCUACUAAUCUCCAAAGUUAUUCAAUACAAAGAAUUUGACCUUUUAUCAUACCAAAACACAGUUUCUGAGAUAGUUGAUAACAUGGAAAAAAUACCAAAGAAAGACUUCAUUUGGGGACUCCUUACAUGGUCUGUCAUCGUCUGCGGAAUAUUCACUGUAGACACGGAAAAUCAAAAGAAGAUAUUAUCAUAUCUUGACUACAUUAGAGACAAAUUCCACAUGUUGCCAUUAUUUAACUCGAAACUAUUUCUUUUUAAGACAUGGGAGUUACCGUUAGCUGAUAGGUCAGAUGUUCUCUUUGAUAGAGAAAAUCUUACCUGGGUCAAUGCUUAA